AUGGAAGCGGAUGGCAUUUUAAUUUACAAAAGGUAUCGAAUACGUGAUGACGAAGACAUAGGACUAAUCAAAGGUUGGCAUAAUCGUUUUCCAAACGUCCAUCUGCUGGAGUUAUUUGUGUUUUUCGUUGAUAUGUGUGGAAUGACUUCGUCGGAAGUGGGUGGUGAGAAUGCAUCAUCUACGACAAUUAGAACAAACACUAGAAGGUUGAUAGUUGAUUUGAACAUGUCAUCCCAGGAGAGUCAAGAGGAGUCAAAUCCUGAUGAUUAUAAUGAUGGUCUGUUGGAAGUAGAUCAUGAAAGUCAUGUCGGUUCUAUAGUUGGAGACCUAAUGAUGGAUCAUUACCAAGCUCAUCCUGUGUUCGAUGAUGAAGAACCUGAGGAGGAACCUGCUAUUUCCAAACUGUAUGAUCAUCCGGCUCACUAUUCCACGUUGAACCUUGAUGCAAUGAAUUUAGAUUGGUUCUUUAGUCAAGGAGGGCUCGAGGAUGAUCCAACGUGUGAGUUUGAGAUUGGACAACAGUUUGACAACAAAGAAGAAGCCGUGACGGCGGUAAAGAUGUAUAACAUUAGGAGGACUGUGGAGUAUAAGAUAUUAGAGAGUGACCAGUUGAAGUAUGAUGUACACUGCACUCAGGACUAUGGAAGGUUGAAUUCGAAAGUGGUAGCUAAACACAUAUUCUCUAUGGUGAAGGCAGAUCCUACGAUCAACAUAAGAGUUCUCCAAGGAGCAGUUGAGAAUCAUUUUGGUUACAAGGCAUCUUACAGAAAAGUUUGGCUUACAAAGUAA